ACGUUCAACUAUGGCUCCUCGACUACGUGCCAAACCAGCUACGCACGCUCGCAUGCAGCGAACUGCUACGCAGUUUAGUGAGCUGGAGGUCACCCCGAGCAGACAUGACGAGCAAUUACGGAGUAUGGUCUCGGUCACCGAGGAGAAACAUGUGGAGAUGGUCGAAGGCAUUGAGCAAGGGGUUCAAUCUACGAACGCCUUUUCAUGGUCCGACGCGGGUUCGACGUCAAAUACUCGUCGAAGUUCGCCGGCCAACAUCAGUGAAGUUCCCGCCGACGACGCAUGGCUAUUCGAUGAUCUCGACUCUCUGGAUCCAUUCUCCAGUCCGGUGUUAGACGAUAGCUACUUGCCAGCUACAAUCCCCAUCCGUGAGAACGAAGCCAUCCACGAAAAUGAAGCCAAAGAGUCGAAUACGCCAAGACGACACAUUGACUUCUCAGAAACCGCGUCUACAGCGCGACGGAGCUCGCCCUUCGGGACCAGUGAUGCUCCAAAGGAUAUAUGGGAUUUCCAGGACAGUCCCAAGGCCGUUGACUCUUCCCCAGACACCACAAAUGGCAUCAUUGAGUCAUCAUAUGUACCCACUGAUGACCUUUACGACGGGACUCCAAGAAAGCCUGCGCCACCAGCGCCAGCAGUUGUCAGGCAGAAUGAGGAUGAAUCAAAGGGUCCCUCACAAUCGGGGCAGAAAGCCAAGAAAAGACAGAGAGCGAAGGAGCCGAUCCGUUUCGACUCUCAGACACAAGAGAUUGUCAAUGUUCCUGCUGCCAAGAAGAAAUCCACAGCUCCUCGACUACCCAUUGUUCGCGCCUUGCAAGAAUCGGCAGCAGUAUCAAGUUCUCCCGUGGAAGGUAGCAAGAGAAGAAAGCCGAGGAAGGGCGCAAAGAGUCGCCCGUCAAGAAAGACAAAGCCAGAAGCCUGCCCAGGCAAACCCCAGCCGCUGCCCCCCAGAGACACGAACCAAGAUGCACCCAGCAGCAGCCCGGUAGCGGUUCUGAUCCGAAGCUCCUCAGCCAGCGUUGAGACGCCUUGCGCCGAAGAGCACGGGGCAGUCAACACAAAUCACCCUACCAGUACGAGUCUCCCUACCAGUACCAAUUUCUCUGCCGGCGCCGUUGAUAUAGCUGCUGUAGUGCCAGAGCCGAAGCAGCAUCAUCGUCCUUCCCCGGUAGCUUUCGACAAGAGGGCUGAGCCGGAAGCACCUCAUUUCGAGCAACACAAGCCCAAGAGAAGGAGAGUAUCACGACAAUUCAGUGUUUCGGAAAGAGGAAGUCCGGUCAUGGUCAAGGAUCCUGCGCCUAGCAGAGGGUUAGAGCAUGUGCCCCCUCGAGCAGAUCCUGUCGUGACAAGUCCUCCGGAACAGCAUCCAUCGGAGCAGCGCCCGUCAUUUCUGAGAAGCAAAUCAACGGACAGACAAAUCGAACAACAACACAACAGCGCUUUCGAGGACAUCCAAGGCAAACCCUCAACUCAAUGGCUGCGACGCCUCAGCGACAAGGAACCGACCCUGAAGCGUAAAUCCAGUAUGGGGAAGAAACUCCACGAUGAGAUCAUGAAGAGUUUUCUGGGACAUACCGAGUUCCCAAGCGAGGCCCCAGAGGCAACGCCGGCCUGUCCUGCGGGAGGAGUCGAUAUCACCCAUGUCAACAAGCAGAUCCGUCUGACAAUUGAGCAACUGAUUGCCCGCCUGGACGACAAGAAGGCAGCGGCAUACAAUGUCGCGAAAGUCUACCGUAGCGGCGGCAAAGAGUCACUCUCGAUCGUCAGACAGCGUUUGCAUCAAGACCGCGACGGCCUGGCGGUUGCAUUCUCCAGUCAAGGAGAUUUUUUCCGUAAAAAGGUCGAAGAGGUGAAGGGAGCCGUGAAAGCGAGGAGCCAAGCUCGUGCAGUGUCGGCGAUGGAGCUGGACGACGUCCUAGCAGCACGGCGUCAAGCCCACAGCCGAGUACGUCAAGGACUCAGAGCUUUACGGGACGAGUGUCUGCGUGACAAUAAAGUUGUGGUUGACCUUUCUUGA